AUGCUCAAUGGCCCUGCUCACAAGCAGUGCCAAAGCAAGGCCGGCCCCACCUUCAAGCGCGCCACGCUGACGUGGAAGCGCUUCUCUAGCUUUGAUCAGAGUGAUGGCGCCAAAGCCCACCAAUUCAACCACUCCUCUGCCAUCAGGCAGUGCCUAAGCGGCAAGAAAGUCCACCUGUAUGGAGACUCCACCAUCAGGCAGUGGUUUGAGUUCCUUGAUGCUUUACUAUCAGGUAAUGCUCAGGAGCUAAUCCGGGAUAGUCCAAAGAAAACAGGACCUUACAUGAUAUGGGGGGAGAAAUUUAUCUAUGUCCCAACCAGUCUGCUACGUUUCAUUGCCAAUGAACUGGAUGAGUUACUUGGCGGUCCGAACACUGUUUUAGUUAUUGGUAUCUGGGCCCACUUUGACCCUUUCCCGAUUGAGCUUUACAUCAGACGGCUCCAGAGCAUCCGCAGAGCGGUGGUCCAUCUGUUGAACAGGGCUCCAGGCACACUGGUGGUCAUCAAGACAGCGAACCUCAGAGAGGUGACAGUGGACUUGGCUUUAAGCUACAGUGACUGGUACACGUUUCAGCAGGACAAGGUGCUCAGAGCUGUGUUUAGAGGACUUAAAGUGCAAAUGGUGGAUGCCUGGGAGAUGACUUUGGCCAACCAUCUGUCACACAAUAUUCACCCACAAUGUCCCAUCGUAAAGAAUAUGAUCAAUAUUCUCCUGUCCUACAUAUGUCCACAAUAGUUAUGCUUUUGGUCUGACUGCAUGUUUUGAGCAUGAUUAUAUCCUGACCUGACAACGGUAGGGAUUCCCUUACUUGCAAAAAAAAUCCCUAUCUUAAUGACGUUAUAAGGGAUAACCAUGAUUGAUUGAAAAAGUGAAAUGUAGGUAAGAGAAAGCAUUACAGCAACCUGGUGAGUCACUGCCAGUAGCAGUAUGCAUCAAAUUAGCGUAUCAUUCACCGGAAAGACAAGCAAAUAUAAUACAGAGCUGUUAAUAGGUUCUUCACAGAUGACGUCAGCAGCUGAGAACUCCCGAUGGGAGGCAGGACAUGAUUUCUACAAAGAGAAAUACUACCAAAAGACCAUGUUAUGAGUCUGGUUUGGUUCAGUACAGUUUUGCCACAGUUGGGCACAUUAAGCUCUUAUUUUGCCCAUGUUUUCUCAGCAGACGUCCAUCCAUUUUCCUCCUUGUGAUGGGAUCUUUUAAGAGAUUCCGAUCAUUUGGCUCAGCUCAGUAGAGAUGGUUGUUUGGCUUCCAAACAGCUUGUCAUUUGGCAACCAACAUGAUGUAAAUAACAUCAAAAAAUGGAGGAAAAAAACUGACACUUAAAUGGGAGCAAGCAACAAAGGCUCACAUUAAAGAGCCAUUUGGUAGAACAGACUCGUUCCCGAACAUCUCAGUCACUUACCACAUUUUAUUUGCAGUUUACUCAAAUGAUAGUACAUCACCGAUCAAUUAAAAGCAUGUUUAUGACAAAAUAAGUAAUUUUUUUAGCUAAAGAGAUCAGCUAGUCUCUUUGCUCAGAACAAGACUCAUUAAGACUCUGGUCUCCCUUCAUCUAGACCAGUGGUUCUCAACUGAGUGAGCCGUGGGACCCACCAUCAACUCCUCAAGUAGAAUUGUGACCCAAAUUUUGUAGAUUUAUUUUGAUCAAUCAGAUGUAUUUAAUAAGAUAUAGUACAGCUUGGGCCUUAGAAAGUACAAAAGGUGUAACAAAACAAUGAAACAGGAAAAAACAUGCAUGUUUAAUAGAAUCUCAUGGACAAUUUGGUGCAAUUUUUUCCCCAGGCACACAUUCGCGGCCCCUUGAAAAGGGUUUCGUGACCCACUUUUGGGUCCCAACCCACCAACUGAGAACUACUGAUCUAGAUAGAUGGUGCUAGGAAGCCUGAAGCAAUUGUGAUACUGAUCACCUUCACGCUAGAUAAGUUGGUUCAACUGUGGACAAAAAUCACUUUUUUGUAGUGUGGGGAUCAUACUCUGUACGUAGAAAUCUUCCGAUGAUAAUUGCAACAGACAGGCCCAUUUAGAGCUGUAAAGUACUAACUUUCUUUCCUUUUCCAUUCAUUCCUAAAGGCUGUCAGGAUCACAUGACUGUAAACAACUUAUAUCGUAUGACGUCCGUGUAGUCUUGCCCUGCCCGACUGAUUGUGUACCUCCAUGUAGUCCAGUG